CCCCGAGCACUCACCAUAAUUCAGGACUUGGCUUCAAGCCACCUAAACCGUGGUUGAUGAACGCAAUGCCGAACAUAGUUUGGCGACUUAUGGAGCCGUCUGUUAGUCUGGGUACAAGAAGGCUGUGAAGACCGUUUCUUUCCAGGAUCUUCACAAGCACUUUGUGUCCGGUAAAUUGUCGUAGACAUGAAGUUUUCCAGCAGUUUAAUCGUGCUGUGUGUUGGUUUUGGCCUUGCUUCCGGUAAACUUACCCCAAACUACACGUCACCGCUCGGUGUAGAAGUAUACAAUCCGGAUCAGCUAUUCAACGUAAGCGGACCGUGGAGUCUGAUGACUAAAGCAGGAAACCUCCUGUACAUAUCUGGCAUGCGCGGAUUCCAUCCUUCUAACACGACGCUUGCCCCCGUCGGCUUGCCACGUAUUGAACAAGCCUUCUCCAACAUGCAGCAGCUCGCCAAACUCGGUGGUGCGAAUCUAACUGACUGCAUCAGAUUGACUGUAUUCGUCACUGACAUGUAUCGCUGGAGACCGCUUGUGAAUACUGUGACACAAGAGCUUUGGAAAGACGUAGCGCCAAACUAUCCCGCACGAACGAUUGUAGAGGUCCAACGACUGAAUGACGACGACAUCGUGGAGGUAGAAGGAACUUUCUAUCUAGGGAACCAAUAA